CUCAUAACGACUGAGGCCGGCCGCCGAGUCGGUCACAAAAUUUUUCUACACUUUUACAUUUGGUUUCCCAAAAAGAAAAAAGAAAAAAAAUAUCAACAAUUUUACUAACAUGCCCGUCACCUACAGGACGCGCACACUGCCGCAACAGCGGAAUCUGGUCCCCAAUCUUUUGAGGUCCAUACUACAUGUCUUGGAGGAGGCGCACCGGCCCAUGAGUGAAACAGAGCUGAACUCCGUCCUGGGAAUACAGUACCGACGCAACGAUCCGGAGUUCUAUCGCCAAGUGCAAAUUAAUCUGCGCGAUGGCGUCGAAUACGGCAUUCUAAAGCGCCAGCGUAACCACUUUUCGCUGCGAUCCAGACGACUGGGUGAACUGAUGUCUACUCUUGGAUCCUCGCCAAACCGAUGAACUUUGGGAAACCGCCAUACCUACCUACCUACAUACCUAUACAAAUAAGGCAGAUAAUACCCCGAAAAAGAACGUACACCAUACGAAUCGCCACACCUCUUUGAUUACACCCGACGAAAGUACACUUAAUGCCGGUGUUUUGAUUAUUUGACCGGAAAGUUAACAAAUUAUCAUGUCGCAUUUGUCUUAAUGUGCAGGUGCACAAUUAAUUUACAUUUGGCAACGAAUUUUUACGCCCGAUUGGCCCUCAGAUGGCAGACGCGUUUUGUGGAAAAUAUUUGUGGUUAUCUAAAUGAAAUGCGUGGCAUCGCAAUCCAACCACAGAGCGUUGAAGAGGGAUUGAUAUUUGCAUUGCACCGCCAAAUAUGCAAUUAAAUUAUAAAUUAAGCGGUGAAAAUCAAACAUUCUAAGGAGUGAUGGUAAUGUGAAAUUUUCGAGGAGAAAAUAUAUGGAUGUGCUUAUUUUGUUGCCAA